AGUGCUGGAUCCCGGCCGAGCUGGGCGGCGGGGGGGCGGCACGGCCGGUCCCAGGUGUGUGCCCUGACGCCUCCGCACUCCGGGCCGGACCGGGCGUCUCCGAGGGGCCAUGGGGUCCCUGUUCCGCAGCGAGGAGGUUUGCUUGGCCCAGCUCUUCCUCCAGUCGGCUUCUGCCUACAGCUGCAUCAGCGAGCUGGGGGAGCGCGGGCUGCUGGAGUUCAGAGACCUGAACCCCAAAGUGAGCCCCUUCCAGCGGCGCUUCGUGGGCGAGGUGCGGCGCUGCGAGGAGAUGGAGAAAACCUUCACCUUCCUGCAGCAGGAGCUACGGGCCGCGGGGCGGGUGCUGGGGCCGUGUCCCGAGAGCCCACGGGCGCCGGCGGCGCGGGAAGCGCUGCGGGUGCAGGAGCAGUCGGAGCAGCUGGCGCAGGAGCUGCGGGAGGUCAGCCGGAAUCGUGCGUCCCUGCGCGGCCGCCUGCAGGACCUGCGCCAGUACCUGCACGUGCUGCGCGAGGGACAGCGCUUCACCAGCCUGCCGGCUCCCCUGGGCUCCCCGCCGCGGCCGCGGGCGCUCUCGGAGCGUGAGCCCAUCCUCGACCCCUCCCUGCACCAGCACCUCGAGCGCAAGAUCAGCUUCGUCGCCGGCGUCAUCCACCCGUGGCGAGUGACUGCCUUCGAGCGGCUGCUGUGGCGCGCCUGCCGCGGGUACCUGGUGGCCUCCUUCGUGGAGAUGCCCGAGCCAAUGGAGGACCCAGCCACGGGCGAGAGCAUCACCUGGGUCAUCUUCCUCAUCUCCUACUGGGGCGAGCAGAUCGGGCAGAAGAUCCGCAAGAUCUCGGCCUGCUUCCACUGCCAGGUGUAUGCGUACCCGGAGAGUGAGGCCAGCCGGACAGAGGCCAUUACCAGGCUGCACAGCCAGAUCCAGGAGCUCAGCGUGACGCUGGAGGAGACGGAGAAGUACCUGGCGGAGGUGCUGGACAAGGUGGCGCAGGUGCUGCCCACCUGGCGCGUGCAGGUGCAGAAGAUGAAGGCCAUCUACCUCGUCCUCAACCAGUGCAGCUUUGAUGUCACCAAGAAGUGCCUCAUUGCAGAGGUCUGGUGCCCCGUGCGGGACCUCACCCAAGUGCAGGAUGCCCUGCGCCAGGGAUCUGUGAGUGGCUCCGUGCACCAGGGAUUGUUCAGGGUUCCCAUGUCCUUGUGCCUGGGUUUCUUGGUGUCCUAUGUUUUCAUGUCAAGGGUUUGUUGGUGUCCCCAUGUCCUUGUGCCAGGGGUUGUUCUGUGUCUCCAUGUCGUUUUUGUGGGCUUGCUCAGUGUCCCCAUGUCUUCAUGCCAGAGGUUUCUUGGUGUCCCUGUGUCUCCUCAUCAUGGUGGACCAUGUGCCAGGCUGGAGAGGAUUGUGGGGUUGGUGCCAAGAACAGGCUCCGGGUGCUGGGGGCUGGUGCCAGGAAGGGGGUUGUUGCGGGGUGGGUGCCGGGGGCAGGCUCCACGUGCCAGGCAGGAGAGUGCCAGGCGUGCCAGGAUCAGGUUCUGGGUGCUGUUCCUGCAGUAUCAGAGCGGCUCCAGCGUGGAGUGCUUUGUGCAGCGCGUCCCCACCUCCGAGAGCCCCCCCACCCUCAUCCGCACCAACAAAUUCACCGCCGGCUUCCAGAGCAUCGUGGACGCCUAUGGGGUGGCCAGUUACCAGGAGGUGAACCCUGCACCCUACGCCAUCAUCACCUUCCCCUUCAUCUUCGCCAUCAUGUUUGGGGACGUGGGGCACGGGCUGCUCAUGUUCCUCUUUGCGCUCUGGAUGGUGCUGUACGAGGACAGCCCCCGCCUGCGGCAGGGCACCAACGAGAUCUGGCUGACAUUCUUCGAGGGGCGCUACCUCAUCUUGCUCAUGGGUGCCUUCUCCAUCUACACUGGCUUCAUCUACAACGAGUGCUUCAGCAAAGCCACUGUCAUCUUCCCUUCUGCCUGGAGCGUGGCCACCAUGGCUAACCACUCCUCCUGGAGCUCUGCGUACCUCGCCACCCAUCCCUCGCUCACCCUGGACCCCAAUGUCACUGGUGUCUUCCGAGGGCCGUAUCCGUUUGGGAUCGACCCAAUCUGGAGCUUGGCCACCAACCACCUCAACUUCCUCAACUCCUUCAAGAUGAAGAUGUCAGUGGUGCUGGGCAUCGUGCACAUGGGCUUCGGCGUCGUGCUGGGAGUCUUCAACCACGUGCACUUCCAGCAGCGGCACCGGCUGGUCUUGGAGUUCCUCCCAGAGAUGAUUUUCCUCCUGGCGCUUUUUGGCUACCUGGUCUUCCUCAUCUUCUACAAGUGGAUCAAGUUCAGUGCUGCUGACUCCCGGGUGGCCCCCAGCAUCCUCAUCCACUUCAUCGAUAUGUUCCUCUUCACCUCCAAUGCCGAGAACCUGCCACUCUACCCGGGGCAGGUGCCAGUGCAGAUGGUGCUGGUGGUGCUGGCGCUGGCGUCGGUGCCUGUCCUGCUCCUGGGGACGCCGCUGUACCAGUGGUGCCGGCAGGGUGCCUCGAGGAUGCCAGUGACCACAGGGGAACAGGAGCCGCUGCUGGAGGGGCAAGAGGCUGGGAACUCUGUCAAUGCCACCACGGAGGAUGUGGAGAGUGGAGGGCACAGCCCUGCCGCCAAGCACCUGGACUUUGCUGAAAUCUUCAUGCAUCAGGCGAUCCACACCAUCGAGUACUGCCUGGGCUGUGUCUCCAACACCGCGUCCUACCUGCGGCUCUGGGCACUCAGCCUGGCACACGCCCAGCUCUCGGAGGUCCUGUGGACCAUGGUGAUGCGGAAUGGCUUCGUGGGGCUGAGCUACGUGGGCGGCGUGGUGCUGGUGCCCGUCUUCACCGCCUUCGCCGUGCUGACUGUGGCCAUCCUGCUGGUGAUGGAGGGGCUCUCUGCCUUCCUCCAUGCCCUGCGCCUGCAUUGGGUGGAGUUCCAGAAUAAGUUCUACGUGGGUGCUGGGUACAAGCUGUGCCCCUUCGCCUUCGCCCCGGACACCUGGGAAUAGCCAUGCCAAGGGGAUUCCAGGGGCUCGGAACAUCAGCUGUGCCCCAAAUUCCCCCCCAUUGGAUCCCUGGAGCCUCCUUGGUGGUGAAUAAAGCCAUCCCUGUGGCUCCCCCCA